GUCUUUUAUAUCAACACAGGGUUAGACGGCUCGGACUAGGUGGGUUAUCGGCGGCCUACCAGAUCUAUAUAGUAUCAGGAGACCAUUAAGGAACAGACCAGGCGAAGCCAACGGCCUAAGGAAACAUGCAGGUCUUGAGUGUAGCCGCCCUUCUGCUGUAUCUGAAAGGGUGUCUUGGAGCAUCAGAUCUGUCCCAAGAACAGAUCAACACGAUCUUACAGGCCCACAACAACUACAGGAAAGCCGUCAACCCCACAGCUACCAACAUGGAGUAUAUGGAGUGGGACGAUAGCCUGGCGACCAUAGCUCAGGACUGGGCUGACGGCUGUGACUUCGCACACAACUCCAACCGUGGGGACAAUUAUGCCGGGUCUGUGGGGGAGAACAUCUACGCCGGCACUGGAAGCUACACUGCUGGCAGUGAAACCGAGAACUGGCACAGCGAGGUGUCUGACUACACGUACAGCAGCAACUCCUGCAGGUCUGGCGCUGUGUGCGGGCACUAUACACAAGUUGUUUGGGCCACCAGUAAGAAGCUUGGGUGUGGCGUGAAACUCUGCAGUACACUAGGCACAGUCAACUGGAGUAACGCCAACCUGGUGGUGUGCAACUAUGCUCCAUCUGGAAACUUUGUUGGACAGAAGCCCUACAUCACCGGCACACCCUGUACCCAGUGCGCAAACGGUAUCGUCAGCUGUUCCGAUAAGCUGUGCGGUAAGGACUCAGUUAUAAAGAUAUAG